CGGUCCCUCGCCUGACGCGACGUCCCGGCGGCGCGCCGUGCUUCCGACCCGAGCCCCUCACAACAUAAACUAUACGAAUAUACGGCCGUCAGUCAGUACGCCGCGCGCCGCCGAUCGAGGCGUUCGUACACGUGCGUCACGGGCAAUUGUCUCGCAACUUAAAACAUACAAGUGCAUACCGACUCAUAACCCGUAUAUUUUUGGAGAGUGCCCACUAUUUAUAUAUUGUAACGAAGCGAUUCGCAUCCUGGCUCACGUUCCUCGCAAAUGCGGGCUUUGGACAUCUGUGAAGAGAAAAAUAAAUAUAGCGAUCCGAAAAAGAAGGAGCGCGAGGCGUCGGCGUGGCGUCUACCUCCACACGCGCGCUGAUGACACAAUAAAUUGUGAUGCUGACACGUACAGGACCCUAUAGGAAAUUGCGUCCUAGAGGACGACGGAGGACGUUGUAGCACAACUAGUUACAUAUUAAGUGCAAGUGCCUAAAUUGUUAUAAUGAUGUUGGGAAACCGACGUAACUUUGUCUUUAGAGUGAGUAUCGUCAUUAAUAUUGUCGUACUGCUGUACGCGGCCCUACAUCUCUCCGGCAACGGAGCGCCGGGAGUCGAAUGGGUUCCUAUCACGGUCGACGGCUCCGAAAGGACUGCAGAAUUCCGAUACCUCAACAGAGAUGAGGUGCGGAAUGAAACUGAAACUAGACCUAUCGAGUCGAGUGUAAAAAACAUCGAAGAAUCAACGUCCCAGAAGACGCCUUCUACGAUGGCGACAACUAAUAAAACGGCAUCCAGUACAGCAUCGAUUGCAGAACUAGAGAAAAAACUACUUAGUAUAGUGCCAUCCGAACCAGAAACGACAAAUGAAACGAUACUUGAUAUUGUGGAUGAGAAUGCCUUGACCGACGCAACUCUAGCGCGACUACGGACGCUCCUCGGCUGCAACGAGAAAGAUUUCCUUCCUCAAACUAUACAAAGAGGUGACUUUUGGGUGUUGAAAAAUUAUGUGCGUGCUGACCAUGGAAUAAUACUGUGCCAUGAAACUAUAACUUAUACUACACACGCCGGUUUUGAGUUCCUGGACAACGUGCAGCCUCUUGUUGAAAGAUGGAUGGCACCAGUAAGUCUGGCAAUACACGCGCCGGGCGCUGACUUAGCCCCCACCGUGGACAGCAUCAGAUAUCUCCGUGAUUGCCUCAACAACGAUCUCAUCAGACAAUACGUCACUUUCCAUGUAUUCUUCUCUAACAAACAUAUACCUAGUAAGAUACCAGAUCCAGAAACCUUCCUGUUGACUCCGUUCAAUUGUACAAGUAAACCACCGUACAAUGUAGAUGCUUCAUCUACGUAUAUGAAGUCAAAAAGCUUGCUAUACCCAGUCAACGUGGCAAGGAACGUCGCUCGAGAUUCUGCUUUAACACAUUUUAUACUUCCAUCGGAUAUAGAGCUGUAUCCUAGCCCGAAUUUAAUACCUCGCUUUUUGAACAUGAUCGCUAGAAACGAAAAGCCUCUAAACUCUACAAAGCCAAGAGUCUUCCCGAUAAGUAUUUUUGAAGUGGACGCUAAAGUACAAGUGCCGUCUACUAAAACGGAGCUGCAGGCGAUGUUGAUAAAGAAAACGGCCAUCCCCUUCCACAAAUACGUGUGUCCGAACUGCCACAAUAUACCACAGGGACAGCAGUGGAUGAAUGCAGCCGAAACUAGCCAAAUGGACGUCUUCCACGUUGGCAAGAGACGCGGCAAAUACGUCCAUUGGGAGCCGAUCUUCAUCGGCACUCACCAGGAUCCCUACUACGACGAGCGGCUCAGCUGGGAGGGAAAGAAAGACAAAAUGACUCAGGGUUAUAUCCUCUGCGUAAAGGAUUACGACUUCAUGAUACUGAACAACGCUUUCCUCAUCCACAAGCCAGGCAUUAAGCAUUAUGCCAAGAAUCCUAAGCGAGACGCUAUCGCCGGCCGUCAGUCGAGCUUCGUUAAAAACGUCAUCAUGCCUGAACUCAAAAAACUCUACGGUGUGAGAAAUGGCUGCGCUUUGUGAUCUAUAUAUAGAUUAAAAAUAACGCACAAAAAAAUUACUCUGUAUACAAUAUGACUUAUCAUAUUGACGUGAAUACGUGUAUAGUACGGCAAACUUACUUGGCGCGGUGAGAGGCGCUGCUAUCGCAUAUUGUUCUGUCAAAAAUAUUUAUAGCCAAACAAGGAUAUCUGAGCCUGUGAGAGAGUCGCUGGUGUUAGCUCUGUUAAAAAAAAUAUAUAAAACCUAAUUAGGAAUAGAAAAUGACAAAAAGUGACAUGACAGCAAGGCUACGAAAAGUAUCUUGUCACUUUUUUGGAUAUUGACUGGGGAGCGUUAGUGGGCUAUCAUAAUUAAGUUUGACUUAUUCCUACCGAGACAGAUAUCCUUGUCGAUUUAUACAGUCCAAAAAAAACACCUUGUUGCUCUUUUUUGAUAUUGGCAGGGGGUCCUUGUGGGCUAUAGCAACGUUGUUUUACUUAUGUCCGCCGGGUCAUAUAAGUAUGUCGACUUUUGCCCUGGUUAAAAAAAAACUAAACGAAACGAAACAUAUCAUGUUAAAAUUAAGACGUAUUUGCUUACUUCUAUACCCGAUAGCAUUUAAUCUAUUAGAUUUUGUACUCAUUAUAUCUUGCAGACAUAUACUCGAUAAGUGCCUAAUUAAUGACAAUUUAAUCGACCAAUAUUGACUUCCUGAUUCAUAUUCGUCUUUAUCUAAAUACCGUUACAUAAUCUGUCCAAAUUGAUAGUUUAAGGAAUAAACAUCUCAAAAUUAUGUCACAUUUCGUUAAAUAAAUACUAGUUAAUGACGUAGAAGACGAAAAUAGAACGAUUAAAGGUAAAUAAGACGUAAAUUGCUAAAGUUGAGUUUUUAUACUAAUUUAAUAUAAUACACCAAAUAAAUCAAUGAACAAAACCUUUCUCCAAUAUUAGAAUACAUUUAUGUUAAACGGCGAAGUAACAGUCGUGAGAAUUUAAUAUAUUUCGUAUUAGAAAUAAAUAAUUUCUUAUUUUAAAUGUAAAAAAAAACAGUUUGUUUCCUUGUAAAUAUUUUGAUUUUAAUGGUUUCAAUUAAGAAGGUACUUGACUAAUUUUAUUUAAGUACUUCUUAAUAAAAGCUGUUUGCUGGCUUUAACAAGUCAACGCGGGGGUCUCCAAUCUUUGGCCGCAAUAAUAGCGGCCUGUCCUGUCUUCGCACAGUUGACCGCUUUUUUCAUAACAUUUUAUAGCGAAUUUUAAUUAAACUUGCAACAAACUCAGGGACAACUAAGUUGUGUAAUGUUAAAAUAAUUUUGAUAAUUUCAAUUCGCUUCCUUACUAUUUUUUGUUUAAUCAUUUACAAACAUAUGAAAGUUUCUUCUUUGUAUUUUUUUUUAAUUAAAAUGUAAAAGAAUGUCAAAUAUUUUUUUUUAUUUUGUGUAAAAAUAGUUUGGAGACCCUUUGUAAUCAAUUUUAAAUUUGUAAGAUUUAUUUAGAAUAAUAUUUGAUUUACUCAGAAAGCGUUUAGAUGAUUUCAAAUCAUUUCAAAGUUUCGAAUGUAAUUUGAAUGUAAAUUGACAUUUUAUAUGGUGAGCACUGACAGGUGACAACUCUAGAAUAUGCUACAGUUACGUUCCGUUUCACUUACAGUAUUAAAAAAAUAAUAGUGUACAGUUAACAUUGUACUGAAUAUUUGGUAAUUUAUCCAUAGUAAUUGCCGUCGUGUGUGUAGUUUCAAGAUGUAAACGUAUUAUUUUUAAAAUAAAUAAUAUUAACAGAAUUUGCGUUUUGAGUUAUCUGUUAGAUUCUACUGCCAAAAUAAUAGAAAAACAUAUCUCUCUUAUACAUCAUGAAAAAGCUGUAAUAACAAUACUCUAAUUAUUCCGAAGGUCUGAAUUGCUCAUCAUAUAAUCUGAGAUUAAUAAUUAUGUAAUAGUUGGUUUCUGAGACCAAACUCUGUAUAAAAUAUAUCUUCAUCCCGGUCAUUAUUUUAAACGGAGAUUUCGGUCUCAGAAGCACACUGUUAGUUAUGUAACGUGUUUCAGAAUGGUUUAUAGCCUUUGUUCUAUUUUGCAUUUUGCCUGCACAAUAUAUCAUAUUGCCUUAACCAUAACGGUUUAUAAUCGAUUAAUAUAACGUCUCUAUAUUUUAGUUGUAAGUUAAUUUUUUAAAAUCUUGCUGUAAUUAUAACGAAUUGUAUUAAUAUAUUGAAAUAUUUUGAGAAAGCGAAUUUUCAAAAUUUUUUAUAUUCGAGCUAAGCUAUUUGUAUCCAGCCUAAUUAGUUAGAAUGUGACUUAAGUUAUGUGAUAAGUGAUGAUGUUUACAGUGAUAGUAAUAAAAGUGUUUAAGCUCACCACGUUCAUUACUUUAAGUUUAUUUUAAGUUAUUGUAAAGUUAGAUUUUUUUUCUUUUAGAAACUUUGACGUUAAACUUUUGCGAAUAUAAGUAAUAUUAUUUUUAGUUUAUUUUAGCUUUAAAAUGGGGUUUUUUUGGUUAUGGUGUACGCAUGUGGUGAGUUUUCACUUUUGGCAUCAAGUGCCCUUUAGUUUUAAAACGCAAUACCUAUUGAAAAGUCUCUUAAUGUGAUCAUUUACGAAAAAUGUAUUUAUCAACAUGUAAUAUUGUGCUAAGUAUUUUAUCUUUUAUGUCAAAUUUUCAUACGAAUAUACAGCUGUAAUCUGAAUUAAAUAUGAAAUUCAA